AUGACCCCUGAUGAAUAUGGCACGAUUGAGCAGGCGAAGAAGGAGAAGCAUUUGGUGCUCGUCCACGAUAUCAGGGGCGAGGAAUCUACAUACACUCUCGCAAAGAACGGAUUCCAGUACAGCCGAGAUGCGGUCCCCGAGCUUAGGGAUUGCUCGGAUGACGCAGAGAUCAAGAAACUCCUGGUCGGGAGGUCGGAGGAGCUCGUGCGGAAGAUAACUGGCGCCACUAGAACCCUCACAUUUGCGAACCGCAUUCGUUGCGUUUCCGUCGAUGAGAACAGAUUGGCGGCGAGUCAGGCACCGGCCUUGAGUGUGCAUUCUGACUUCUCGAUCACGGGGGCCUGGCACCAGCUAGAGAGCUUGGUCACGGAUCCGACUGAGCUGGAAACCGUGAAGAAAGGUCGCGUCUUGGUGAUCAAUGUGUGGCGUCCUUUGAAGACGAUUCGGAAAGAUCCGCUGGCGGUAUGUGACUGGUUGUCGGUGGAUCUCACACAUGACUGGAUCUCCACGCGAAUGAUUUUCCCGCAUGGAUGGAACGAGCUGGGACAUCUGUCCUACGGGGAUCAGCAGCGAUGGUAUUAUCUGAGUGGGCAGACCCCGGAGGAGCCCUUGAUCUUUAAGCAAUUUGAUAGCGCGGAGGUCGGAAAUGGUGGCAUUGCGGUGCCGCAUACUGCGUUUGAGGAUGUGAAGACGGUUGGAUGUGAACCUCGGGUGAGUAUUGAGAUUAAGAUGUUUGCUUUUGUUCCGGGUGCUUGA